AUGCCAGGACCGGCCACUAUUCAGUCGCCCUGGUACGAUAACGACAGGCAACUCAAGGACCCGAGACCUCGUUUGGAGUGGGACGAAGUCACAAAAUGGGAGGAGGCGAAUCUCUGCAACAAGAUAACCAUAUUCGACUUGCCCCUCGAGUGCCCCUUUCCUCUCACCAACAGACGAAAUGCUUGCGCCCUGAUCGAAAAUUUCCUAGACGCCGUCAGAUACCACAGGGAACUAUUUCCCUACUGGCGCAGGCGCGCCAUCAAGUACUUUAUCUGGCGUGAAAUGUUCGUCAUCAGGAACAACGAUGAGUGGAAAGAUUACAGGAACCACCCCUUGUACAAGCACCGUGACGUGCUCAGGCGCUGGGCGAAGAAGCAAUUCCAUAAUGCAAUGGAACUUGCAUCUGCUUUGCUGUUUGUCCUCCACGGACUCUAUACCAAUGACUGGGAGCUUGAGUUCCUCUUGAAGGGGCAGCAGAAACUCAUCGAUACAUACAACAUGUGCGAUGUCAAUAUGACGAUAUGGAACAGGGACAAAAUGCUCGACAUCCUGUUCAUUGAGUGCGAAUGGCUCAAAGACACGCUCCUCGAAGCGCACAUGAAGGAGAAGAAGGAGAUGGAUGAAGAGUGGGAGCACAGACAAACAAAGACACUCGAAGAAAUGGAGAUUUUUAUCGAUGAGUCACCAGAGCCUAUGGAAGAGGACGAGGACGAGGAUAAUGAUAAUAAUAAUAAUAAUGCUCAAGACAACGCUCAAGACAACGCUCAAGACAACGAUCAAGACAUCAUAGAUCUAGGCAUCGAUCUAGGUAUCGAUCUAGGCGCCGUUCAGUACGUCGAUAUAUGGGACAAUAUUGUCUCGAGGGCCCUUGCACACAAAUGGGACGAUCAAACUUUUGCCCAAGAAUUGGAGAAAAAGUAUCAAAGGCAGGAAAGGGAUCUCCUUCAAUGGGAUGCCCAAUGCUACGCCCAAGGUCCCAGUGAUAGUCUCGUUCAAAGUAUGGCUCAAAUUCUCAAAUAUGACUUAGAGGACGCUCAGGAUUUCGCUCAGCUACGUGCUCAACGCAUCGCUCAACGCCGUAUUCAGGAUAACAACGCAAGGGAAGCUCGAGAUAUUGUUCAAGAAAGAUUUAAGCAACGUAAUCGACGUCAGGCUCUAAUUUGCGAUCAAAUCCGAGCCCAACGUCAGGCGCAGGGUCGCACUCGGGAUGGCAUUCUAAGCCCUCAAAACGAGGAUCAAGAUAUUGCUCAAAAUAACGCUCAACGUAUCGUUCAAUAUUUCGAUCGGGACACCCUCCAAAAUACCAUUCAGAAUCUGCCACCGGGAAACACUGAAGAUAGCGUUCAAGCUUUCAUGAAAGGCGCCUAUCAAGAGCUUGUCCAAGGCAUGGCACGAGACAAUACUCAAUAUCAGCUCACUCAACGUCCCGCUCAUCGGACCGUACAGGAGACCGUUCGAGAUGCCACUCAAAAUACCGCCAAGAAGAAUGGUCAACAAGGAACCCAGAACAGCCUCCGGGAUUUCACUGCAACGGCGCCUCAUCGUCAACGAACAGAGCCGCAGGCUCCUGAAAAGCCAGUCAAUACUGCUGUUCCACCUAUAUACCCACGUCCUACUCUUCCAUCGAGGCCAAUGGACGACGAUGAGGAUAUAUAUGGUUAUAGUGGGAACGAGGAAGACGACGCUAAAAAGAAACAGUGA